AUGGCCAUGAUGGUCACUUCACCACACUUCAAUAUCACCAUUAUCAACAACAACACUGGCAGUGUAGUGAAGAUCAAAAUGUAUAACAUUAAAAUAAUAGAUAAUACACCUUUACAACUACAGACUAUCCUUGAUGAAGAUGCCUUUAGAGAAGCUCAAUAUGAAGUAUAUGAGUUAUCACGAGAUAUUGCUGGUGGACGUCCUAUACCAGAUAAUAUGGUUAAGUGUAGUUGUGGUGAGAUAUACUGUUCAGAAGAAUGUCGCCUAGAUGCAUAUAAGAAGCAUCAUUGGGCAUUAUGUGUAGCUAAUGAAGCUAAUAAUAAUGCUGAUAAUAGUAGUAUUACUAAGUUCAAAUAUCAUUGUCUUUCUAUUGAUGGUUGUGGUGAUACAUUAUUAUUAGCUGCACAAGUAUUAGCUCAACUGGUAUCUAGUUGUGAAGACAAUGAGAAAGUACUACAUAAAGAAGUUGAAGAUCUUAUGACAUAUUGUCAUGGUGAGAUUACUAAGAUAGCUAGACCGCCCCCAGAUAUGGAUGAUGAUGCUUAUAAUAAUUCAGCUCGCUAA